GCAACUAAACACUUUCAAAGGUUGUAGGGAAUAUUUGAAAAGAAAAAACUAGUUUAGAAUCAAACCUAAAAGGGAAAAUGCAGCCGCAGUAUAUUCAGGGUGUCUAUCCCCCUUACAAUAUCCAACACCAGCAACUACCGCCGAUGCGCGACACACGCGACAACACGUCAGACGUCAUCAAGGAAAUGUUCACGUGUAUUUGUAACCUUUAUCGACCUGAAAUGCGCGAAAAGGCGAUUUUGGAUCUCUCCAAAAACCGAGAGAAUUAUACCGUUCUAGGCCCCACCCUGUGGUAUAGCGUCGGGGUGAUGCCGAUUAUUCUGCAGGAAAUCGUCUCCAUGUACCCUUUACUGAGCGUUUCCGGGCAGGUCCCGGUCAAGGCCGCGAUUAACCGCGCGAGCAGUGUGCUGACGCUGCUUCAGACCGUCGCCCAACACGAGGCGUCGCGAAAGCCGUUUUUGGAAUCGCAGAUUUGUUUAUUUCUAUACCCUUUUCUGCGGGUGCCGCCGAAUGAGCGAACGGAGGUUUUACGCCUCACGUCGCUCGGGGUGAUCGGGGCCCUGGUGAAGUCCGACGACCCGGCCGUCAUCACCUACCUGUUAAACACCGAAAUCUUCCCACUGUGCUUGCGGAUUAUGGAGCAGUCGGUGGAGAUUUCUCGGAUUAUUUCGACCUUCAUCCUUCAAAAACUCCUCCUUUCCGAGCAAGGUCUUCAGUACGCCUGCCAGACGCCGAACCGAUUCACCGCGGUCGCCGAGGUGCUGCAGUUUAUGGUCUCGGAAAAGGAUGAGAAUGGCCAACACGUCUGCGCGACGCGGCUGCUUCGACAUAUCAUCCGAUGUUACCUCCGGCUUUCAGAAAAUGAACGGGCGCGGGAGGCGCUGCCGAAAAUACUCCCGGAAGAAUUGCGAAACAACACGUUCCACCAAUAUCUGGAAAAAGACACCAAUAUGAAAAAAUGGCUAUUGCAAUUGUUGGUGAAUAUCGGGGAUGAGGGUGCAAAACGAAUUAACGAAAUUGCAAAGGUUGCCUAA